AACACUUCGGUACUCUUCGGCUAUAAUCAUCGUGGUGCGUGGAUGCUGUGCCUGUGCAAAGGAACGUACUUACGAGUAUAUCAGUUUAUACAAUUAUCAUAUCGCGGGUAUGAUUUAUACCGCGAUUUCGUACCAAUAUUUGUACAUAUUCGCGGUCAUUUUUAUUCGUCGAUUGUCGCUUGUGUCUCGGUUAGAUUUUACGCGAUUUUUGAACUAGCUGUGUGGUGCGGUGGAGUUCGCGGAGUGUGAUUUUCUAUUCGAGGUUUUUCGUAAUUUCGUAUACCUAUUUACUUGGUUUAAUCGGUGUUUUGAUAUGGUUUCGGGUGAGGCGGGUGUCGUAAUUUGGGUUUUUUGGUCCAACCCCAUCAAUCAACCUGCUCGAUCAUGAUUCCACGUCAGCACAAUAAUUGAUCCUUCAUCGUCGCAAAUAAACACCAAAAAAACAAAAAAUAAAGUGUGAUGUUUCCAAACGUUUUAAACUCGCAAUCUCUGCAAUAUUACAAUAAAUAUAUCACAGAGUACAGACACCACUACGAAGAGAUCCUAAAACACUACUCGUCGUCCAAAUCGAAAACCAUCUACCAAAACCAAGACGCCAUAAUAGUACCAACACCUCCAUACUUCGUAGAAAACCUGUUGAAUGAUAAAGCCGAUAAAGAAGAAAGCUCCGUAGAGUCGCCUCUAUCCUCCGAAUACAACGACGACGUAUCGCCUCAAAAAACGCCUCCCAUGACGACCAAUCAUUUGACAAACGAUGCUCGUGGUAAUGCAGAAUCGCCUCCAAUGUCGCCCGUGUCGCAAGAUGGUCAUUACGUCGAUGGUGCUUAUCAGAAAACUGCCAAAAAAUCAAAUUCUUCGGAUUUACCCAAAGAUUACAGCGUGUAUAGGACGCAGCAACAGUACAGGCAUGUGUCUAGUUACGCCAUCGAUAGAAUCUGCCCGAGUCCGAAAACGGUUGCUUCGUCGAAUGGUACGAGUAGUCCGGUCGAUUCGGAGAAUCUGACACCUCCGGCUGUCGGUGAAUAUAAUUCGUAUUCCGAGGAUGCUUACACGGCUACUCCUUGCUCCGAGAAAUUAUAUGAUUCCAAUUUUAGGCCAAGUAUAGAAAACGACGACUCUUGGGAGAGUAAUCGUAACAACAUGAUCAAUUAUUAUAAAUCUAAACCUCGAAGAAAUUCCGAAAGUCAAUCCGACGACGGUGACACGAAAUGUAAAACGUCGUAUGCCGAUUCUACCGAUAUACCGCAUUCCGAACCCGAAGAAGAAUGUGGCCAGAGAUCAGACAAUAAUAAUCAGUGCAAUAGUUACCUCGCCAAAUCCAAGCACGAAUGCGCUUUAUCGUAUAUGAAAAACGAAGAUGGACAGACUGUCGUCGUUAAUCGGCCAGAGAUACCAAAUAAGCCGAUACUUAAGUUUAGUGUGAAUGCUAUUUUAGGAUCCGAUCAUGGAAAAUCUGCCAGUAAGCCGGGAAAUAAUACGCAAUUUUUAAACUAUGGAGCUUGUGGUACCAGUGCAAGAGGUAUUGCUAAACCUAUUCCAAGACCUGCCUCGUAUAGUUUACAUCAUACGUUACUGGCGUGUGGCCAACCUUAUUUAACAGUUAGUACACCUAAUCUGAAUAACCUUUCUUCUGGAUCUAGUGCUGUGUUCCCAUUACCAGGAAAUUUUCCAUGGACUCAUAGCACCAGAGGUAAACCCAGAAGAGGUAUGAUGCGCAGGGCUGUGUUCUCCGAUCUCCAAAGGAAAGGCUUAGAGAAAAGAUUUCAAAUACAGAAAUACAUUUCGAAGCCAGAUAGGAAGAAAUUGGCUGAAAAACUAGGCCUAAAAGACUCUCAGGUCAAAAUAUGGUUCCAAAAUCGUCGUAUGAAAUGGAGAAAUUCUAAAGAACGCGAGUUAUUGGCCAGCGGUGGCUCGAGAGAGCAAACUUUACCAAAUAAAAAUAACCCGAAUCCUGAUCUAAGUGAUGCGGAUGCUGACAGGACGAAAAUGGAUUUAUCAGAUGUUGCGUUGGAUGACGAAGAUGAAGAUGUAGUCAGUAUGAAUCAGUCGAAGCGUAAUUCCAACGAAAGGAAUCAGUUUCAGAAACACGAGGAAUUUGGCCAGCAACAGUGGCCUCCUGAUGACGAAGAAGAUGUAGAAAUUAAUGUUACCUAAUUCUUUCGUAUUAAGUAGUUGAAUUUUAUCGUGUAAUUUAUCGUCGUAGGUACCUAUAUAUUUUUAUAUACAGGGUGUUUCAUUUUGAAAGUGCAUGAAAAAAAUCAUGAAAGAAAAAUCAAGAAGUCCGAAAAUAUUCUUUUAGGAAAAAUUUCAGUUGCUGAAUUUUACUGUGGAUUUUUGGUAGAAUUAAAAAAAAAAUUAAUGCCAGAAAUACAUAUUCCAUAUAAGAAACUCCAAUUUGGUAAAGUUGAAGAAGAAAGCUGAAAUUUUUAUUUACACUCAAUUUUUGAUACCUAUCUCAAAUCGGUUAUUGAAGUUUUUGAGCUAUUCAGAGAGUCUUCGGAAGAUUUUUUGAAAUUUUUGAUUCGAAAAAAAUUAAUUCAAACAUUUGAUGAAGAAAUGAGCCUAAAUUGAUCGAAGAAAUCGUGAGAAAGGUUGAACUGAUUUUUAUAUGUAGUUUGACUUACGUGUGGGCAUUUUUCUGAAUGUUUUUUUUUUUCAAGUUAGAUGAUCCGAAAAUCUUCUGGAGGGUUUAGAACAGUUUCAAAUUAUCACCAAUUGCCUCAGGAGUUCGAAAAUUGGGUACAAACAAAAUUCUAACUUUCUAUCUUAAUUCUAUCAGUUUGUGGUUUUUUUUUUUUUUUUUUUUUUUUUUUUAAUAAAGAAAAUGAUCCAAAAAUUGAAAGACGAAAUUUUUUCCCAAUUUUGAGAGAUAGAACACGAUUUUUUUUCUUUUAAAAUGCGGGACUUGCACCCAUUCAAUUUUUUUCAAAAAAAAAGCAACUUUGGUGAACAAAAAAGCUCGAAAAAUUCAUUGAAAAGGAACCAAAAAAAGAGACAAAACGCAAACAAACCAUUUUAAUGGGGGAAAAAAUCACAAAAAAAAAACAGAACAUACAAAUUAAAAUCUUUGUUUUUAAUUUUGAAAAAUUGAGCUACAAGUAUUUUGAAACUUCCUCGAUGAAAAAGCGAGGCUUUUUGACAAUUUAUGGCAACAAAGUAAGAAUUUUUGCAAUUUCCGUCAAAGUAGCAAAUUUUUAGAAGAAUAGAGUGAGACUCAAACAAUUCCACCUAGAGGAAGACUUUUUUUUGGAAAUUUUUGCCAAAUAAACUUGACUUUUGGGGAUAUUUUUGAAAGAAAAAAAAACGAAACCUUUUGGAACUUUUCGUAAAAAUUGAUAAUUUUUUGCAAUUUUGUUGGAAAGCAAGAAUUUUUAACAAUUUUUGGCAAAAAGCAGGACCUUGAAAAUUUUAGCCAAAAGAAGUUUUUUUUUUUUUGGAAUUGAUUGCAGAAAAUGCGAUACUUUAUUUUGGCAAUUUUUGAAAAAAAAACGAAAAUUUUGCAUAAUUUUUGAAAAAAGAAAAAAAUAUUUUCAAAUUAUUUUUCAAAAAGCUGAAAAUUGACAAGUUGAUCAAAAAUAAGCAACUUUUGGGAAUAUUGAACAAAAAAAUUACAUUUUUUCGCAAACAUUUUUCGAUAAGUGAGGCUUUUUGCAUUUGUUUUUUUGAAAUGAAAAAACCAUCAUUUUUUCCAAUUUUUUGCAAGAAAGUGGACAAUUUUUGGAGAUUUUUUUAAAUGCAAAAACCAGAAUUUUAGACAAUUUUUGGCGAAAAGCCGCACUUUUGAAUGAAAAUGAUUUUCUGUAGAAAAGUUUCAUCUUUGAAAAUACAUACAGUACUUAAUACUACAUGAUUUUAAUGUAAAUUUUUUAGUGCUCUUUCAAAUGUUGGAUUGUAAAUUCUUGCCCAAAAUUACAUGGAAAUAAUCCGGUAUGGAUCAUUUGUUCAAUCCAUAAGAAUCUAUUCAAAAUUUUGCCCCCAUUCACAUUUGAAAAUUGUCACUUUUUUUCUUAUUAUUAUUUCUUUAAAAAAAAAAAAAAAAAAAAAAAAAAAGAUUCAGUAAUGUUGAAAUAAUAAUAAUAUUGACAAAAAAAAUAUAUUCGCCAGAUUUAAAACUAGAUUUUAAACAUCUCAGCAAAUCUAAUUUUGGAAUUUUUUUUCGAUUUUUUCAACAUUUGGGGGGGGGGGAGGUCUUUAUUUUAUAUAGCAAGGUGCAUAAAAACAAAAUCAUACCCAUCAAAUUAAGUGGACCUGAAUCUAAAUUAUGACAGAUAUUUUUAUGAGACACUCAGUAUUUUUUUUGUAAAAUUUGUGUAAUUAUGUAAAUACGCGGUAUACUUAUUUCAAAGUCUUUAUAUUUGAUUACCAUAUCGUUUAAAUUAUACGAAUACCUAAAUACGAUUCAGAAAAAAAUUCAAAACUGAUAUGUUGUUGCUCUUGACUUGAGAAGUUCAUUCACAUUGAAAGUGCCCAGUAGUCAGCAUUUUUCGAUCUGAUUUAUAUGUAUAAUUCAUCAUUUUAUAUUCGAUUAUAUUGAAUAAUAUUGUAAUUAUGUAAACUUGAAUAAACGAUUCGAUUAUUUUUUGAACGGAA